AUUUAGGUCAUGGAGAAUAUGGACAGGUUUUCCUUGCAAAGGCUAAAGGAAUUAUUGAAGAUAAUACUGACACUGUUGUCAUGGUCAAAGCUCUUGAAAGUAAAGAUGAAAAUAUCAAUACUGAAUUUAGGAAAGAAAUUUCUAUGUACUUAAAAAUGAAACAUGAAAAUGUAGGAAAAUUGCUCCGUAUGUGUCAAGAAGCUGACCCACAUUACAUGAUUAUGGAUUAUACAGAUUGGGGAGAUUUGAAACAAUUUUUAUUAGCAACUAGACCUGAAGAAAUCACUAAAGGUCCAAAGCAGUCACCUCUUUCUGUACCUCAGAACUUGAUGAUUUGCCAACAAGUAGCAGUUGGGAUGGAUUAUGUAGCAAAGCAGCAGUUCUUCCACAAGGAUUUAGCAGCUCGCAAUUGCUUAAUAUCUUCCAGCUUAAAAAUCAAAAUUAGUUGUCCGUGCUUAUCUCUGGACACUUAUUCUCAAGAAUACUAUCAGUAUAAAUCUAAAGUUAUUCCUUUACGAUGGGCUUCCCCUGAAGCAGUAAUUAGUGAUAACUGGUCAAUUAAAAGUGAUGUGUGGUCAUUUGCUGUUUUAAUUUGGGAGGUGUUUCAUAAAGCUGAAUUACCAUUUUCAGAUAUGUCUAAUGAUGAAGUGAUGCAAAAGCUUCAGGCCAAAGAAUUGAAAAUUUCUUUACCAAAUGAUGCCCCCGAUAGCCUAGUCAAACUAAUAGAUAAAUGUUGGUCUCAAAAUCCAAAUGACCGUCCCACAUUUUCUGAAAUUGUAACAGUUUUUGUGGAAUUAAGUGUGGCUGUUCAAGUGUGAUAUAUUUGUAUAUGUAUAUGUUUUUAAUAUCAUUUUAUGUACAACAGUCAAGUUAACAUUUUUCAUCUGAUAAACUUCCAUUUUAAGUUAUUGCUUUCAUCAAUGUACAUAUGUGACUUAUCAUUUUACAUGAAGGACAAUUUUUUGAUAUUUUUUAAUGAUAUUUUUUUCUACAGCAAAGCUUUUGAUACCAUGUUUUAGUAUUCAUGCCGUA